AUGGCCCCCAAGAUUAUGAUUUGUGACUUGGCAGCUGAAUUGAAUGACAACGAGGCUGAGAACUAUUUGUUUGAGCAGAACCUGGAUGGACGACCGGAGAGAAUUGUUUUUGACAAUAAUUUCAAUCAUGUGAAGGCCAUAAAUAAAAGCGAAGCAUUUAAACCUCGAGUCGGUGAAAGUGAUUGGAAGAACCACUUUGUUUUUAUUCAGAUUACACGCAAGAGACACAAACAAACAAGCGCCAGGGAACACGAAACUAGGCGCAAUCGAGUUAAGGGACGCCAUUUGCUGUUGUCAGGCUAUUCUCGGGCCAUUUGCUGCAUAAUUGUGCUGUGCAAAGCGAGUGAAGCCGCUAGACCGGGACGUAUUCCAGGACGUAUCCCAGGACGUAUCCCAGGACGUAUCCCUGGACGUAUCCCUGAACGUAUCCCUGAACGUAUCCCUGGACGUAUCCCUGAACGUAUCCCAAGACGUAUCCCUGAACGUAUCCCGGGACGUAUCCCUGGACGUAUCCCUGAACGUAUCCCAGGACGUAUUCCUGAACGUAUCCCUGAACGUAUUCCAGGACGAAUAAAUGUAAUUAAUAUCUAUUCUGCCUCACACAUGCCUCCGCCUCCGCCUCAACCUCCGCCUCUGCCUCCGCCUCCGCCUCCGCCUCCGCCUCCGCCUCCGCCUCCACCUCCGCCUCCACCUCCGAGGUGGUAA